GAUUUAUUGUGUUUUUCAAUACACAUAUACGUAUUAAAAGCUUUCCCUAAUAUUAUUUGCGAUAAUAGUGAAUCAAGUCAAUAUUUGUAAAAACCAAUUUAGUGUGAUCGAUCUGUUGAAAAAAUGGAAGAUAAUGGUGAUUUUACUCUCAAUCUGCCUUGCGACUGCUUUUUGGAGAUAAUAAAGUACAUAAUUGCCGAUUGCGAACAAAAUAAAGAAUUCCAGAAUUACACUUUCAUAAAAUAUAACGAUUUAAUGAACUUUGUGUUAGCCCACGAAUUAUUCUUGGAGUUGUUUGCGGCGCAUCACAAAAAGCUGUACCAGGCUCUUGAGUUGGGCCUUGAACGCAGAACCACAAUAUUGCUUAUAGAUCUGCGAGUCAAUAAGUUAUCAAACCAAAACAGGGACCUUUUCUGGAGAUCCUACUUGCAUUCUAUCAGGGAGGGAAGUUCUUUCAAUGUACAUUUGUCUUUUGACAAAUCUUUGAACGGAAAGAAAACGGACACUUACGCAGACGUUAACGCAAAAUGCAUUUUAUCAGGCCCCGAGAGGUUAAAGUUGAAUGAUAACAUUACCUCAGAGGCAUUAGUGGAUACAUGCCUCUCGCUACCAAAUUUAAAAACAUUGGCCGUUAGAAGGAUUAAAAUAAGUGCAAGUAUUUUGGACAUCGCACCCCAUUGCGGAAAUCUGGAAAUGCUAAGCGUUGAAUUUAACGCUGGAGAUGAUGUUGCCAAAUUCGCACCCCUGGCUCAGUUGCCCAAUUUAAAAAUCUUCAUUAUUACUGGAAUCCACAAAAGCGGUUCGCAAUUGAUAUUUUUUAAUGAUUUAACGAAAUUGCACCGACCUAAAAGUUUACCACCUUUAGCUUUGAGCAUUGAAGAUAAUAUAGACGACAGUAAUAUACCUGUUACUUUUGCUGCUCUUGAUUCGUUACUCAAUUUGCACAUAGACCAUUUUGCAUAUACAGCAAACAUAGAACUUAAGGCGGUGUACGAGUUAAAUGAAGCACCGCAAGGCGGCAGUUCAAAAAAAGAAUCUGUGGCAACCGUAACCUUAGGUGAUCUUGUGGACCUGAAAUUUGACAGCUCAAGAGAAGAACUCAUUUUAAAUAUAGCUGAAAAUUCGGAUAUUAGCCAAAUGGGCUCUUUAUCAUUGCUGCCCAAAAUAAGUAACUUGGAGAUAAAAAGUCGUUCUGGAGAAUAUAUAAAGCACACCUCCCUUGCAACAUUCUUUCGAUAAAUAGUCGCAGGAGAAGCUUUUCUUUUAACAUCGUGCAACUUAAAGAAUAUAUUUCUAGACCGAUCAGAAUUCAUGGAACUUUCGAAAUUAAAGUCAAUACGAUUUCUGAAGUGCUCCUUUUCCGAUUGCUAUUCGGUUCGAUUUUUAGACCAACUAACUAACUUGCAAUAUAUAGAAAUCUUUGUUGACGAAUCCCUUGACUCCAAAGCAUCAUUACUAGUUCUGAAAUUGCUUUAUGCAAAGCAGAUGACCGCAAAACUAUUUUUCAAAAAUGUUAAUAUUACCCUAUUGAAGGGUGAACAGAACCUGGAUAUUUUUGUUCAAUUUGGCUGUACAGCUGAAGUUCUGUCUCCCCUGGCCCAACUUAAUGGUGUUAACACCCUUCAAAUUAAAGGGCGCCCAGAGAAAAAAUCCCUAAACGGACUACUUGAAGCAUUCGCCACCAGCAAUAUAAGCACUAUUGAAGAAUUGGAUAUUUCGAAACUGGAUGAUACUUUUUUCAACAGUGUUUCCAAAGUAUCAGAAAUUCAAUCCAUUAAGAAACUGUCUUGCAACCUAGUAGAUCUGACUGGCGUUGAGAAAUUGGCCAACUUGGAUAAACUUCAAGAGUUGAAAAUAAAAACAAAUGAGUUUGGAACCCUGUCUGAACUUUUUACAAGUCUGGCUGUGAAGAAUAAAAUUCAGUGUAUAAGAAUACCAAAUGGUAAACUUUCACCUAAAGAGAUUUUAAAGGUUUCUCUAAUAAAUCACUGAAAGUAUUAGAGUGCAGGUUUUCCGACAUGCAAGAUCAACAAUCGUUAUCAGAGCUAGCUAACUCAAGUAUUGAAGAACUAAUUGUUUCCCCAAUUUCUUACCAAUCCGUUCUUAAUUUAGUGUCUGCAUUUUCCUCAAACGGAAUAAUUAGACUUCAGCGUCUGGAAAUUAAGGGUAAAGCACUCGACAUCAGCGAAACAACUGAAAUUUCUAUGUUACCAGUUUUAAUAAGUUUGCAAAUCGCAUCUCCUGACUCACUGAGGAGCUUGGCACGUAAUCCACUGUGUAAACUUCAGAGCUUGGAAUUAAGUUUUCCUGUGGGCCUUAGUGAACUUGAAUCUUUGGUUCAAUUUGAAACACUGCAGUCAUUAAAAUGCGCAUUGCGCGAUGAAAAGGGUGUAGUAGCUUUGGCAAAUAUAAAAGGUCUUAAAGAACUGACUAUCAUCGAAGCAGGAGGAUCGAUUAAUGAACUUUACAAGGCCUUUGCUGAUAAGAGCUUGACAAUUUUAGAAAAACUGCAUACACCAAUUAUAAGUUCGCAAGAGAUCCGUGAGAUAUCGCAAAUUAAAUCCUUAGCAGAACUAAAUAUUGAGUGCGAAUGCGCAUGUGACAAUUUAUCAGACCUGUGUCAGCUAAAUGAACUUAAAUCACUACGUAUAGCUGAAAAAGAAAAUUCAACAGUGAAAAUCGAUAACGUGUUGCCGAUUUUUCAAAACUGUCAAAAACUGGAUUGCGUCACCUUUGAAUUGAACGAAGAUUGCUCCGAAGCUCUCAAAGUUGCAAAAGAAGUUAAUACAAUUUUAAAAUCUAUAAGGGAUCCUGCAGUUCGAAAACCAUUAAAACUUCAUAUUGAAUGCUUUGAUUUAAACAUAGAAGUCAUGGAAACUGAAUACUUGAAUGUUUCCCAUAGCCGAACAAGAAGAAGAUUACCUUCGCAUAACUUAGUAAGAGCCCCGUUAGGCCGUUUCUUUAACAUCUAAUUUGUACAUACUUCAAAUAUCGUAACGCCGUUUUAUUAAAAAAUAUUUAAAUGCUACCAUAUAGUAUAAAAAGCAUGUUUAAUUUCAUACUUGUUUCUAAUUUUUAGCUGCCGUAGCUUGGGUUGGGAUAGAGUGUGGAAGUAAAGCUUUAACUAGGAUAAUGCCUCUGUCAUAUUUUUCUUGUGGGAUUCAAGGAUGCCGAACUCUGUCGCGAGCUUAUAACGUUAAAGUUGAUAAAGCCCACGUCCAGAAUUCCUCUACAUUAGAACAUUCAAGCUUGGGUGUGCGAAGGCAUCUUGUACAUAGAGAUGGAUAGACCCUAAAGAUGUUCUCCUGCCAAUGUCUCAGUUAGGUUUUGUGAAUUCCAAUUAAACAGUCGACAAUCUAAAGUGUUUGAGAUAGCAAAAUCGACCAAAGGGAAAGACCAACGCUUGAUAGCUGUUCCGGGCAACAGAAACGAGAUGGAGAAGCCCUUGAGAUUCCGUCUUAUUUUCUUGGGACGAUAAAAAGCUGAGUUCACCCGGUAUAUCCGGCAGAUUUUCCUGACUCCGAUUUAGUACCGCUGCCUGGCCUUCUCUCUGUCCGUAUGAACGCUGAGAACUCGGGAACUAUAAAUGCUGGAAAUUUAAAGAGAUAAAGGACGGAUGCAACCCAACGCUCGUGGGUAAGAAUCACUUUUUUGGCUGGAAAGUUACGAUUCUAGCAUUAGUCUUCUAGCCAAAACAAGUGUCUUGGCAGCUGUUCGAUUAUGUCAAGUGCUUGGCGAGACGAAUGUUCCGAGUCGUGGACUGCACUUCAAAGGAGUAUGUAAACGUAUAUAUUUAUGUAUAGUGUUGUUACGAUUUUAAUGGUGGUGUUACUGUUUAAGUGCGGAAUAAACAAAUCAACAAAAUCAAUGGAUAAAAAUUUAAAUGCUUGGGGUUUCGGGUUGUACAGAAGAUAUGCUUUUUUGCGAUGACCUUAGAUCAACACUUCGAUCAUCACAAACCAGGCGGGGUGUAAUAGCAUCUAUUUUGUAGCG